AUGGGCCUGUUCUCAUCGGCCGCUAAGAGAUGCAGCAACGGCAAGAAGUUCCUCCGCAGCGCGGGCGCGUGCUACUGUUCGCCGUCUGCCUGCGCCCCUGCAGGUGGUGUGCGCGGCAAGGAAGAGGCGUCGACGUCGGCGCCGGCUUCCGUGCCAGCAGAUAGCAAGAAGAAAAGGUGGAGGAAGAGGAAGUUCUGGAGGAAGAAGAAGAAGGCCAAGAAGGAGAGCGGCGAUGGCAGCGGCGAGCUCGCGGACCUCGUCAACAACAUUUCGGCCAAGUCGGGUAAGCCGAUGCAUCCAACGCCACUCGCGUCGCCUCUGCUGAGAGACAAGAGGAGGUUCGUGAAGCUGGCCGACCCGUUGCUGGGCAGGAGGUACCCCGUGAAGGGGCUGUACCAGGCGCUCGCCGUCGCGUCCAUGUGCUUGCAGGAGGACGCUGCCAGCCGGCCGGGGAUCAGCGACGUCGUCGCGGCGCUCUCGUUCCUCGCCGACCCGCAAUACUACCCUCCCGAAGGCAUGCAAGCUGAGCACAAGAGCCCAGAUCGAGGGUCAGACAGGGAUAGCAGUCCCAGUCCUCCUAAGGCCGACAUGAUCAGGGCAGACGACGAAAUGAAGCAUAGGUGA